GACAGAAGAAGAGAUUGAGAGAAAAGAAGGAAAAACCUUUCCAACCAGAGAAAACCCAAACCAAAUCCAACCAGAGAAACCAAACCCAUAUCGCAAAAUUCAAUAUUUUUUUCUAACCAUGGAGAUUUGAUCGUCUUUUUUUUUUUUUUCCAGUCUUCAUCUUUUUGCGUUUGUGCGCAACCUGUAAAUCUUUUUCUUCUUUGACAUUUGUUUUUGUGACGAUGAGGAGAGGUAAAGGAGCCGCGGCGGCGAACGGAUCCACUGCUCGGAACGUCAAGAACGGUGUCGGUGGCGGCGCGGAGCCGAGAUACAGAGGUGUGAGGAAGAGACCGUGGGGAAGAUUCGCGGCAGAGAUCAGGGACCCGCGGAAGAAGACACGGGUUUGGCUCGGGACUUUUGACUCGGCUGAGGAUGCGGCUCGGGCAUACGACACCGCCGCUCGGAACCUCCGUGGACCCAGAGCGAAGACUAACUUUCCGGUAUACGGGGAAUCGCCUUUGUCACAGCAGCAACACUACCAGAACCCAGUUGAUCCGUUCAUGGAUCACAGAUUAUAUGGAGGGUUUCAAGAACAGCAGGUGAAUCCACAGAGACCCACAUCGAGCGGCAUGAGUAGUACUGUGGAGUCGUUAAGCGGUCCAAGGCCGCCGACGAGGACACCAACUGUAGUGGCCAUGACAUCGAAGAAGUACCCAAGGACACCACCGAUUGAGCCGGAGGACUGUCAUAGUGAAUGUGAUUCAUCUUCUUCGGUGAUUGAUGAUGGAGAUCUUGCAUCGUCUUCUUGUAGAAAGCCUUUGCCUUUUGAUCUCAAUUUUCCUCCUGUGGAUGAUGGUAUUGUUGACUUCUCCGGCGAUGAUGAUAUGCAGUGCACUGCCUUACGUCUUUGAUGGUGAAGGAGAUUAUAUGUUGUUUUGUUUUUCCCAUCAGAUUUUUUUCUUAAUAUUCGGGAAAAAGAAAGAAAAUUAUUAUCCUGAUAUUAAUAGGAUUAUCGAGAAGUAAGGAUCUUGAUUUGAGUAUUUGCUCCAUUGGUUUACCUUAUUCAUAUGAAUGAUGAAAACUGUUGUUGUUCCAGAAUCCUUAAUGCUUGAGAUCUAGGGUUAUUCAACCCUUGUGUAGCAGAUUCCUGUAUAAAAUUGCUAUCAAAUUGAAAUGACAUUACCUGUUUUGAAUAUUCAAGAUUCA